GAACGGCAAGACCUGGGCAGUGAAGGUUCAGACAAUAAUCCGUCCACAGCUGGGGCAGACGGGGCCUCUAUCCGCAUACCAAUGGAUGCUGCGCUGCCGUUCUCCACGCGGAGGCUGACAGCAGCGGACUCUCACACGCCCGGCCGGCUGCUGACCCGCCGUGGCCGCCUCGACACUCAGGGGCUCGUUCAGGAGUUCCCAGGGGUAAGAACACGAGAGAGAACCAUCGAAUCCAGCGCUGCAUGUUUUCUGCUCGAAUCAGAUCAGGUCCUCAGGCCUUGGCAGGCUUGGCUUUUCUCGGCGUGCAGAGGAGGAUUUCGUCCCAAGCGUGCAGCGAUGCGACGGAUCGUGUGA